UUUCAUCAAGUUACUUACAGAUUAUAAUCCAUUAUUGAAGGCAUGUUGAUUCUCAAUUUUUGCAAUUUUUUCAAUUAAACAACGAUUUAACUGUUUAUAUGCCGUUUGGGGGGCUUUUUCAUAGCUUUUUCACUUCGCACUGAGCUCGCAAGCAACUACGGCUGAAAAUCACAACUUUGGCGCUGGCUGCAAAUUUCACUAGAGCGAUCGCAGCACCCUCAGUGUGCUCAAACAAAAAUUAUUAGUUCAACUCUGUGUCUUGCAGCGCCGCCAUGCGGAGUUUUUGGAGGAACUGUCAAAAAUCACCAAAAUCAAAACAAAUAAAUUGUGAAAAUUUGUGCAAAAUGUUCGGAUACAAUCCCAGUGAUUACGAAGUCCGGGCUGAAUUGGCAACAUGCUGCAAUGGGAUAGCUUCGGUGUAUCUGGCCAAACACACAUCCGGUCAAUUGGUGGCCAUGAAGAAAUUCCGGAUGGACAGAGCAAAGGAAGAGAGUAUUUCAAUCAGGGAUGAAAUACUGAUUAUGCGACAGUUCAAUCAUCCCAACAUUUUGUCCUUCUUCACGGCUUUUGUGGACAAUUUUGAUGUCUUUGUGAUUGCUCCUUUUAUGCCUUUUCGCUCCUGCAGGGACACAAUGACCAAUUCCUGCGUCACAGGCUUCCCGGAGGUGAUAGUCGUGCUCAUCUUGAAGGAUAUCCUCCAUGGAUUGGAGUAUCUGCACAAGAAGGGCUUCAUCCAUCGUGCCAUCCGUGCCAGUCACAUUCUCCUGGAUCACGACAGAGCUGUUAUCACUGGCUUCCGCCAGGCCACGAGUCUCCUGUCGCAUGGAGAACGUGUCCGGAGCCUCCACAAUCUGCCCGCAAACAGCACAAAGGGGCUCAUUUGGUUGGCUCCGGAGCUCCUGGAGCAGGAUCUGCUGGGCUACACGGAGAAAUCUGACAUCUACAGCGUAGGCAUUACAACCUGUGAGCUGUGCAAUGGGAUUGAACCCUUUGCCAAUAUGCCAACGACGUUUAUGCUGACGGAGAAGAUUCGGGGCAAUCAGCCAACUUUGCUGGACUUUUCGACGUGUCCGACGGAGGAUAUGAUUGUCCAGGGACUCGAUCCGUCGGACACCUUCAUGGCACAGACCAGGCAGAUCUACGGCCAGAAGAAACUCUCGGACAACAUUCACAAAUUUGCAGAAGUCUGUAUGCAAAGAAUUUAUCAGGAAAGUCUCAUUGCCUCUUGCAGACAACCAAUUGAUCGCCCAAAUGUCUCGCAGCUCUUCAAUCAUCCCGUUUUCAAGCAGACCAAGCACACGAGUCUCAGCGAACAACUGACCAAUUACGGCAUCCAGGCUGUGGAUUAUUCCCAACAUUGUGAUGAAAAUCUCAAGCUAGUGCAGGACCUUUCCGACAUGAAUCUCAGUGCGGGAAGUGCAUUCGAGUGGGAUUUCUGAUUUCCGCAUCGACAUCUUCCAUUUUAUUUAUAAAAAAUUUAGGAUUAAAAAAAAAUAGAAAUAAAAGUAAAAAAAAAUA